GGUCACAAGUGAUUCACUCUCAGCCAAUUGAGCGAAUACAGGUUUCAUUUACGAAGUGUGCGUCGGAAAUAUUGCAAAAAUCCGAUAUUACACAGCGAUCGAAGAUAAAUAUCAGAGGUGCACGUGAGAAAGUUGACCCAAAACAUAAGAUAUUCAAUAACAUCUCUUGUUCAUUUUUACAUCAAUCGAGAGGCAUUCGAUUGAUUUUAUUGUUUCGCAUUCAGUAACAAAAAUGGCUCUAAUCGUACUGUUCGUGCUUCUUAAUUCGCUGGUAGCAUUUUCAUCUGCCGAUGUUGCAGAAUCAUUAGCGGUGUACCAAAAGAACACAGACGGUGUAUUCACUGCAUUACAAAAUCAUUUAAAUGCACAACGUCAGGCCUACAGUCAGGCGUUUUCCAAGUUGAGUGAGGAUAUCACUCGAAGCUGUGAUGUUAGGGCUCGUGACGCACAAGAUCACGCCCAAUAUGAAUGCAGUCAACAAUUGAACGAUUUGAAUCGUCAGUUGCUAGAUGUGACCAAUCGAACCAAUUCCGAAAAGGCACGUCUGCAAAUCGAACUUCAGACACAAACUCUAAGCGCUGAUAAGCGAAUGGCGGAGACGAUUAAAAAUCAUCAACAGGAAUUGGCUCGUGUACGUUCCGAAAUGGCUGCAUCCAAUGCUCAAACGUUGAACAAUUUACGCCGCGAAUUGGAAGGUCAGAUCAGUGUUGCACAAGGUGAAGUGUUGAGAAUUCAAUCGGAACAUGAAGCUGCGUUGCGAAACAUUCAGGCUGAAUUGGAACAAACGCGAAAGGAUGGUGAGAUUCGUUACCGGAAUGUUCAGCUGGGAAUCGGACAGCAAAAUCGUAAAUUCCAAGAAAUAUUUUGAAAUGGUAUAAUCGAUGAGAUAGAGCAGACCAUGAUCAACAUAAACCAGGGACUGUAUUUGGAAAAACAUUUUCCCUCAUUUUCCUUGAAUUUGUGGGAAAAUUCAGGAAAGUUUAGUAAAAUAUGGGGAAAUGUUUGCUCAAAAAUAGUCCCUGACAUAAGAACUUUCUGAUAACUCAGGAAUUUCAAUAAAAUAUGCAGUCAAUCGAUUCGAA